AUGACGGACCGUGGAUCUCAUGCUGCCAUUGUCUCCCUUGUCGUCACUGCCUUGGCUUUCUUGUUUGUCGGUAUUAGAUUGAUCAGUCGGAUCUUCCUGGUCAAACGAUUCGGUCUGGAUGAUGGCUUGAUUUUGGCGGCGGUGUGCUUUAGUAUUGGCCUCUCGGCCAUGAUUGAAGUCCAGCGAGGAAAUGGCUUCGGUGAACACACUACGGAGCUCACCCUAGCUCAAUAUGAGGGGCUUUUCAAAACCUGUUUUGCCUGCACGCUUGUCUACAUUGCUGGCUUGACUUGUGUGAAAGACUCGAUUGCAUAUCAGUACUUGCGCUUCUUCCAGACCAAAACAUCCCGAUUCAUGGCCUGGAGUCUGAUCGGGCUUGUCACUACGUAUUGCGUAAUAAACUGGAUUUGUUCAUUGCUGGCUUGCCGGCCACUGAGUCUGUAUUGGACUGCGCGGCAGAAUGGACACUGUUUUGAUAUCUAUGCAUUUUGGUUUUUCUCAGCCGGGUUCAAUAUCGUCACGGAUAUCGCCCUCUGUAUUCUACCAAUACCGACACUCGUGACGCUGCAAUUACCGCGUAAGCAAAAAUACGGCUUGAUUUGCGUCUUUCUGCUGGGCGGGUUUGGCUGCGUCACAUCAGUAUUGCGGUUAAUUAAGCUCUACGAGCUGUACAAGUCGGUGGACGUCAGCUAUGAUGUAGUCGGUCCGUUACUGUGGUCUUCGAUCGAGGUGAACACGGGAAUUAUAUGCGCGUGCUUGCCCACGUUGAAACCGUUAGUGAACCUGAUCUCUCCCUGGCUGUUGCACAGCUCCUCGCGAGAGUCAUCAUGCAAUCGGCAACCCUCGUUUGUGGCGACGCCGGAAAUGAAGAAACACAGCAAUCCAACAACAGAAGGGACGUCAGAAUCCGGGGGAGUUAUCCCAGUCGGCAUCACCAUGUCUCAAUUGAAGGCUGCCUAUAGCAAGAAUCUUGAGAGGAAUGUGGCACAAGAGGAGGUAUGA